UAUCCUUGGGGUUUUGAAAUCGACAUCUCUAAGGUUGAGAAAAUGCUGGAAAGUUGUCGAAAUUCUUUGGAAAGAUUGUCCUUGGAUUAUGUUGGUGGGAGUUAUGAUUACCCUGUUGAGCUGAAUUUCCACUUCCCCAAUCUCACCCACCUCGGACUUCUUUCUGCCGAUGUGUAUUUCAUUAAGGACUCGCUGAACAUCACCAAUCUCCCAAAAUUGACACGUUUAUCCAUAGAGACCAACAGCACUGAAUUCCACGAUGACGUUGAUAUUGACUCCGUGCGUGAUAUUUCUGCACUGCUUGAGGGCUACCAUUCGCGCCACGGUGGGAUAACAUCGCUCGAUAUUCGUUGCGCCCAUCAUCCCCAAUUUAACAACGUGGAUGAACAGGCUCCCCGAGCUCUGGUGUAUCUCUUCCCGGCCGUGAAGGAAUUGAAAUUAAACUUGAGGGUUGAAUUUCAGAGCGAUUACGACCAAUAUUUUUUGUCUUUGGUGGAAACGAUGCGAUCUUUCAACGAUUGGGAGUUGACCUGUGGGCAGGUUCAGUUUGACAUUGCGACGUCUUAUCGGACUCCUCUAACAACUUAUGACCAUGAGUUUGGUUCCUUACUGGUCAUUGCGGUAUUGGGAGGAGUGACGGGGUGGACAGGUUUGUCAAAUACGUCGAUUCAAUUUACUGGUUAUCGGCGUGACCGGCAUCAUCAAGCAGAUUUUAGACUGUUGGACGAGAUGCGAGCUGCACUUCUGUCAUGCAGGGCGGUUCAAAAGUUGACUAUUGCUGGAUUUCAAAUAGAUCAGGAGACGAAGGACAAUUUUCAGACGUUUAUUCGAGAGAAUAAGUUGCCAAUUAGUGUCAGGGAUUAAAUAAUUGCUGCAAGUAUGUAUUAAGCGGGUAGAUUUCUUGAAUUGUAAAAAUAUCGUCACUUCUUUAUCAGUCUACUUUUGUUUUUUCACUUUAUUAUGUUAAAAUAUGUCCUAGACAUUAUUACUAAAAUGUGGAAUUUAAU